AUGGGCGACGCGGUGGAAGAGAGACAAGUCGACACGCCGCCGUUGGCCAAAUCUGGUUCUCAAAAAUCGCAAAAGGCCGUCGAAUUUGCUCAGCAGGCCGAGAAGUUGUCGCAUCAAACAAGUCAGGAGACAAACACCUCGGGGAGUGUUGCAGUCGAGGCGCAAUUCGUUACUCCCCAUGAUCCUGUCAUCGUCACGGCCGACGGCAAUCGACUGCCCACGGUACCGCUCCCCGAAGCCCAGAAACUCAACUUCCUUAAGGAGGAAUUGCACGGCCAGAGCCCCAAGAACGCGACUGAAAAAAAUAAAGAUGCCCAACACCACGGUGCGACACAGGAGACGAACGGGGAUCCAACGGUAAAUGCGAUGCCUCGUGCAAAUGGCAAGGCGGUACAGAAAUCCGCCGAGGCGCCCCUUCAGAGGUCGACGCCUCCAUCGCAUACCAACCCCUUGUUUCCCCCUCUUCCUCUGUACGGCCCGGCUUCCCUUCUGCGAGACUUGCAGUGUACGACGUUCCGGGUGUCCUCUUUCUUCCUCAGCGCUGGGUUUCUCGGCGUUAUCGUCCUUGGCGCCUUAUUUACCAACAUACCGAUUGUGUGUCGGCGCGUAUGGAGUCGAAUCACAUUGCGCGACCCCGACGCAAGUAGACCGUUUUACAAAGAAGAGAUACGGAGAAAGAAGGCGCGACAAGAAAUGGACAAGGCCUGGAAACGCAGGAGGUCCCAGGAUAAAGUCAGCAUGGGUGAAGAGAACCCCCAGGAGAACGAUGGAUUCGAACCGAGAGAGGGCGGGCCCGAUCCUGUCGUUUGCGAUGUCGGAUACUACGCCCGGAGAGUUGGUCUCGAUGUAGAGGAAAUAGAAGUACAGACCGAAGACGGCUUCAUUAUUGACUUGUGGCACGUAUACAACCCGAAAGAAUACACGAAACUUGAUGAUAAGGAGCGGUCAUCCCGAGGGCCAACCCUGUUUACUGGAGACAACAGAAAGAGACUCGAGAAUCCGAAGCAGAAACCCAAAUUCCCUGUACUGCUGAUGCAUGGCUUGCUACAAAGUUCUGGGGCGUACUGUGUCAACGAUGAGGAUUCACUUGCUUUUUACCUUUGCAAGUCUGGGUACGACGUUUGGCUUGGGAACAACAGGUGCGGAUUCAAGCCCAAACAUGCGCUUCUGGACUACUCGGACCCCCGCAUGUGGUGUUGGAACAUUCGACAGAUGGGGGUCUUCGACCUGCCGGCAUUGACCUCGCGAGUCCUCUAUGAGACUGGGUUUGAGAAGAUCGGCCUGGUCUGCCACUCGCAAGGCACUACCCAGACUUUCGUCGUACUUGCCAAAGAGCAACGCCCUGAACUAGGAGAGAAGCUCACCGUCUUCUGUGCGCUAGCACCUGCGGCUUAUGCUGGGCCACUCAUCGGGAAGAUGUACUUCAAGUUCAUGCGCAUCAUAACUCCGGCAAUGUUCCGACUCAUGUUCGGAAUCCACGCAUUUAUCCCCAUUAUGAUGAUGAUGCAUGGCAUUAUUCCCGCGAGCUUCUACGGCUGGCUGGGAUACAAGGUGUUCUCCUUUCUUUUCGACUGGUCUGAUACGCGUUGGGAUCGAGGACUGAAGAAUCGCAUGUUCCAAUUUGCCCCGGUCUAUGUCAGCGCCGAGUCAAUGCGAUGGUGGCUGGGCCGGGAGUGCUUCGCCAAACAUAAGUGCAUCCUCUUGACAAAGGAAGAAGCGCGAGCAGAAGAUCGGGAAGACGCAGAAACCGAUGGACCUUUGGCAGCCCCUAACGACGAUCGGAAACACUCUUUGGCCUCGAUGUUUAAGUCGGCAACCGAUGAAGACCACCACAAGAAGCGGCCCAAGGGGUCGACGGCAUGGUACAAUUCCCAAGUGCCGCCUUUCGCUCUGUGGGUUGCCGGCAAAGAUGACCUCGUGGACGGCAGAAAACUUUUGAAGCGGUUUGAGCGAGGGCGCGAGCCCCACGUCAAAGUCGUCCAUAGCAAGGUGCUGGCCGACUACGAACACCUCGAUGUGAUCUGGGCAAUGGACGCCGUGGAUGAGAUCUUUUGCGAGGUUCGGGAGGUGUUGUGGAAGACGUGCAAUGUCAGGGACCAGUGCCGAGUGCCCCGGGGCUGUGAGGAUAUUCCCGAAUGGAUACCUCCGGUGGUCGCUGAGGUCGACCCUGAUGAAGUUGACCAGUCGAGCAGUGAUUCGUCCCCAGAACGCUGA